UAGCCUAGCCCACUUGACCUCCAAAGAGUCCAAAACAGGCCCAAAAGCCCAAAAGUCCAUCUUCCUCCUCCUGAUUUUCGCGGGAAAAUCAUUGCAGGAGCGAAAGCCGAAAACCAGUGAGCUUAAAAAGAGGGAAAGCUCCGACGGGAAAAAUCAGUAAAUAUGCAGAGGCAAGGAAAAUUGGAAGAAUGGAGAAGCGAAAGCUGUUGUUCUUUAAAAGAGAAAAUGGAACAUGGAGAUUCGAAAUUUCCUGCGUUUCCGUAUAAGCCCUACUCGAUUCAGAUCGAUUUUAUGAACGCCCUUUAUGAUUAUUUAGAUAAAGGCGGUGUUUCCAUUCUCGAAAGCCCAACCGGAACUGGAAAAACUUUGAGUAUCAUUUGUAGUGCUUUACAGUGGGUGCUUGAUAGGAGGCAGAAGGAAAAAUCUGAGAUAAUGUCUAAAUCUGACAAAAAUAUUGAAAAUGAUGGUCAAAUUGGUUCACAAGAUGAACCUGAUUGGAUGAGAGAUUUUGUUGCCAGCACAGUUACUCGAGUAGAAGAGAAGAAAUGCAAAAAGAAGAAAUUUGGUCGGGGAUUGGGAAAGCUUGACAGGAGAAAGAACUGUGAAAGUUACUGGGAUCUGCAGUCGUGCGACCCUGAGGAGUCUUCUCAAGUGGAAAAGGAGUGUAAAAGGUCAGGGAAGAAGAAUGAUGCAGUAGAGUUGGAUGAUGAGGAGUUUUUGAUGGAAGAAUAUGAAAGUGAGGAAGAGGGCCUUUGCAGCCCGAAAUUGAAGAGGAAAGGGGGUAUGGUUUCUAUUAGUCCUUCAAGUGAUGAGGAAGAGGAAGAUGAUUCUGGUGAGGAGGAAGAGGGCUUGAAGGUUUAUUUUUGCAGUCGGACACAUUCACAACUUUCACAGUUUAUUAAGGAGCUAAAAAAGACCACUUUUUCCGAAGAAAUAAAUGUUGUUUGUUUGGGAGCAAGGAAAAAUUUUUGCAUUAAUGAAGAGGUUUUGAAACUUGGGAGCUCCUCUCGGAUUAAUGAACGUUGCUUGGAGCUUCAAAAGAUCAAGAAAAAUAAAGUUUCUAAGGUCAAGGACCUGGGUAAGGAGGGAAGAGUACGGCGAACCAAGGCUUCUUCAGGAUGUCCAAUGCUUAGAAAACAUCAACUACAAAAACAAUUCAGGAAUUUCAUUUCCCAAGAAGGAGCUUUGGACAUUGAAGAUCUUGUGCAACUUGGAAAAGGCCUGGGAACUUGUCCAUAUUAUGGGUCCCGAAGUAUGAUCCCAGCAGCUGAUCUUGUAGUUCUUCCCUAUCAAUCUCUUCUAUCAAAAUCAUCACGUGAAUCACUUGGAUUGAAUUUGAAGAACAAUAUUGUCAUAAUAGAUGAAGCACAUAAUCUUGCUGACUCACUCAUCGGCAUGUAUGAUGCAAAAAUUACUUUAUCACAGUUGGAGAAUGUGCAUAGCCACAUAGAGAAGUACUUCAGGAGAUUCUGCAAUCUUCUGGGACCUGGAAAUCGAAGAUAUAUUCAAACUCUUAUGGUCCUUACCCGAGCUUUCCUUCAAGUUCUUAAUGAGAAGGAUGUGAAUUAUACAAGUGCUUGCCAAGAUUCUGAAAGAGGUGGUGGAACAAAGGACAUCUUUGACACUUCAAUGGCCAUAAAUGAUUUUUUAUUUUCUCUCAAUAUAGACAAUAUUAAUUUGUUCAAAUUGCUCCAGUACGUAAAGGAAAGCAACAUCAUGCACAAGGUUAGUGGGUAUGGAGAUAAGAUAACCAGCUUAAAGAAAGAUUCAGCCACCAAGGAAAAUGGGGAAAGUUGUGAGGAUGGGAGCAGCCUGUCUGGUUUCCAGGCAUUGGUAGAUAUGUUAUUGUCAUUGACUAACAAUGAUGGUGAUGGGCGAAUAAUAAUCUCAAGGAAAAGACCAGCUUGUGGACAAGGAGGAUAUUUAAAAUAUGUUAUGCUAACGGGUGAAAAGAUUUUUUCUGAGAUCGUGAAUGAAGCACAAGCCGUUGUACUGGCAGGGGGGACUCUGCAACCAAUAGAAGAGACAAGAGAGCGACUUUUUCCAUGGUUACCAACAGAUCAGCUGCAUUUCUUUUCCUGUAGUCAUAUUGUCCCUAGAGAGAGUAUAUUGCCAAUUGCAGUUUCUCGUGGACCAUCUGGUCACUCCUUUGAUUUUAGCUACAGCUCAAGAAGUUCGUCAACCUUGAUACAUGAACUAGGGCUCUUGCUUUGUAAUUUGGCAACAGUGGUUCCUGAAGGAAUUGUCGUGUUCUUCUCUUCAUAUGAAUAUGAAAGACAGGUCUAUGAUGGGUGGAAGGCUUCAGGAAUCCUUGAGAGGAUCAUGAAGAAAAAGCAUAUCUUCAGGGAACCUAGAAGAAACACAGAUGUUGAGAUCAUUCUCAGGGAAUACAAGGAAAUCAUUGAUACAUUGUCCAAUGGAUUAAAAGAAGAUCCAGUAACUCAAAAUGGUGCAAUUCUCCUAGCUGUAGUUGGUGGGAAGAUAUCAGAAGGUAUCAACUUCAGUGAUGGAAUGGGUAGAUGCAUAGUCAUGGUUGGAUUGCCUUAUCCAAGUCCAUCUGACAUAGAAUUGUUAGAGAGAAUAAAGCAUAUUGAAAGCUUGGGAGGUUGCAGUUCUACUAAAAGCCUCACAAUUUCAGUUGGGGAUGAAUAUUAUGGUGGAGAUCUUCAGACAGGUAUCAGCAUACUAAGAAGUUGCAGGAACAAAGGAAAAGAAUAUUAUGAAAAUCUCUGCAUGAAAGCUGUAAAUCAAUCAAUUGGUAGAGCAAUUCGGCACAUAAAUGACUAUUCUGCCAUUUUGUUAGUUGACACUCGAUACACAUCUGAUGGUUCGAGAAGUUCUCACCCGACUAACAAGCUGCCACAGUGGAUAAAAGAUUGUCUUGUUUCUAAAACGAACAGUUAUGGUGAAGUUCACAGGUUGCUGCAUCAGUUCUUCAAAUUCAACAAGACAAGGAGGUGUCAAUAGAAAUUGUGAUUGAAAUCAGAAUGCAGAUUAGAAAAUCAGUCUUUUACUAAUUACCGGGAUUGGACGGAGAGGUCAUUGCAUCUUAUGCAAGUCAUAACCAAGUUGUGUAAGGUUGGUAGCAAGGAUUUGACAUGGCAACGGCAGGAAAGUGACAUAACUGCAAAAUGCAUUCAAUUGCACCUCAUGCUGGAUUUUGGGAUCCUAAGGUGCUAACCUUAUUACAUGGGGGGACCAUCGGUCCUAUUAUGAAUGCAAUGAAGAUUGCACACCAAACCUACCAAGACUCUUAAAACCAAUGUUGAUUUUACUUUCACUCUUGUGAACAAAAAACAAUCAAUCUGGGUCCUACAU